UUUUACUCUGUGGAAACUCCAGCAUUGUGCAAUCAUUGUUGUUCAGAAUAGGUCUAGCUUGUAAAUCCCAUGGAAACCCCAUUUCAAAUAAACGCAAGAGAAGAAAGAAUCAUGGUGGCGCGUCUAUUCACUUCAAGUAACUGCGCACUGUGAAACAGCUAUAUACAGUGCAUACAGUAGCACGACCUGCAUAUCAUCAACAAGGACGCUGCUUUAAAAAAAAAAAAAAAAAGAUCAGUGAGGUGAGGGAGGGGCUUGUAAUAUGUAAUGCAAGUUCCUCAAAAGUAGAUCUUGUAAGAGCUCACGAGAAUGAAGAACUACACAUACACAGCGUGGGUGACUGUUUGCCGACGACUGGGCUGUCGGGAAAUACAGCGCACUUCUGAAUUUCAGGGUUUCAAAUUCUGAUACAUUUUUUCAAUGUGCUUGCUCUUCUCACCACACAAAAAUACACACUAAGUGAUACAUAGGUAAAAGAAGAGAACUCUGCUGGGUAGUAGAAAUAUAUGUGUAUGUGUAUGUGUUUUUUUUUUCCAUUUCUUUUCUGCUGGACAGAAGUUGUUUGUUAAUAACGUUAAAGAAUGGAUUUUACAGCAAAGUGGAUUUUCCAAGGAUGGAUUAUGCUUGUACUGCUGUGUCAGGUCAACUUUUACACCAAGGAAUAACCAGCAGCCCCGCAUCCUGUGAUCUCAGAGUACGGUUUGGUUGGAGGAUAUGGGGCAGUCCCAAUAGCACCUCAGUGCAACACUGAGCACGAAUACCUGCAGGAUGGAAAGUGCUGCAGAAAGUGCAAGCCAGGAGAGUACUUGUCAGCUCGUUGCACGACAGUGUCUGACACCGAUUGCAAGCCUUGCGGAGAAAAACAAUACCAACCUUACUGGAACACAGACAACAGAUGCAUGUCUCAAAAAAUCUGUGACAAAGAGAGGGGCUUGCAAGCAUCUCAGCGUGAAAACAAAACAGCCCCUGUGAAGUGUGAAUGCAUGCCUGGCUUUCAGUGCUCAAUCAUGGACUGUGAGUUCUGUGAAAGAGUGAGGGUUUGCGGCCCAGGAUAUGGAGUCAUACAAGGAGUAAAUACUCCUAACAAUCUAUGUGAAAAGUGUCCCCACGGUUCAUUCUCAACAGUCGCCUCGGCAACAGAACCUUGCAAGCAGUGGACUGACUGCAAGUCUCUUGGAAAGACUGAAGUUCAUCAUGGGAAUGAGACAGUGGAUGUGCAAUGUGGGCCUACAACUACAGCUUUGGGGAAUGUGAUAAUAUGUGUAGUUGUAGUUCUUUUAAUAAUCCUUGUGUCAACAUUUGGCGUAUACCUGGUUUGCAACAAAAACAGGAUGAAAGGGAUUUCUGAGGAUUUUCGAAAGAUCUAUACGAAUGUUCAUGGAAGGACACAGCAGGAGACAACACAUCCGAAGGAAAAUGAUUCCGUCCUAGAAGUCACACUUCUGUUGAAAAAUGAAGAGAAACCACGUGACUUUCUGAAUACUUGCUCAACCAGUGAUGUAUUGAAUGAAGACGCAGCUCCACUUGAACAAGCAGCAGGAUGUUCUGAACCUGUAGAGGACGAGACUGAAGAGAGUGCCUUAAAUUCUGAAGUUGACAGUGCAUCUCAUGGCCCUGCUCCCUUAGCAUCCAGCAACUGCAGUUCAUGUAGCUGUGUGUCCCAUUUAAAACGACCUGUGGAAGCAGGGGAACAGGAUGAUUUCAGUCAAUUUGUUUCAAUAGGAAACAAUGUGAGCUGUUCUUGUAGAGGAAAUGGCACCAACAGUAGGCCAAAAUCCCUCCAAGAGGUUUGCUACUGUAGUCACUGCUGUGGGUGCAUCACAGGAAGCCUGGACUGUGAAUACAAAGGCGACUUGCAGGAUAGUCCGUGUCUUUCAGUGGAUUGCUGUAGCUGCACUACAAGGGAAGCCACGCUGGGGGAUAAAGGUCCCAGCUUAGGGAAUCAAGCUGGCAAAACCUCUUCAGAAAACAGAUUGAACGGGCACUGCUGGUGCAGUAUGGACUCAGUGAAUGGCCCUGUCCAGUCUUCACUCAGUGGCAAUGGUGAGGGCAUUCCCUCAGAAGACUGUCAUACACAGAGACAAAACCCAAACAGUAAAACUCCUGACUCUAGCUCAAAUUCAUCAAGCCAUAAUUCAGACCCUCCAUCAGCAUCUGGAAAUGUGACAGGGAACAAAAACACCACAUUCAUAUCUAAUGGACAAGUAAUGAACUUCAGUGGAGAUGUCAUUGUUGUUUAUGUCAGUCAAAACUCCCAGACAAGCACUGGCAGGACUGAGGAAACCUUUGGCUGUCCGGUGCAAGAGGAGAACAGUGGGGGCAUUUCUAAGGACGACACCAAACAGGAGCAGGACGAUCUCCCACAAAUUAAUAUAGCUUAUCCAUUGCAAGAGGGAACACAUCACAGGAAGGAAGGGCCCGUCAGGAACACCACAAUCCCUAUUCAAGAGGAGAGCACACAGUGGACACAGCAGAAGUGUCUGUGACAAUGGGGUCUUUCUCAUAAGAAAUGGGACAAGUGACUAGUCUGCACAUACUUGAUAUCAGUGGUGCUGAAGUUUGCUGGACAAAAGGGGGGGGGGAACACAUUUUUGUGAACUUACAUUAAUUCCUUAAUGAUAAAGGCGCCUGCCAAAUAAAUAAAUAAAUAAAUACAUACAUACAAAUAAAUUAAUAAAAAAAUAAAUAAAUAAUAAUAAUGUCAUUUGAAAUUAAAUACAUGACAGUCCAACCUUCUGGUCAACCAACUGGGUCUCUUUGUGAGAUUUUCCAAUGCUGAUGACAAAAAUGCUGUGCAUUUGAUAAAUGAAGGGAUGUCUGAACAUUAAUUGCAUUAUGUUUUAUUAUUAAAAAUAAAUGUGUGUGCUCAUUACAGUGUUAAUAGCGGCUAUUUAAAAAACUAUUUGAAUUCAAUUUAUACUUUUUUAUUGCAAUUUUAAAUGUAACCUCAACAAACAAUACAGCACCUGUUCUUUUGAACGGCUAUUAAAUGAAUUGCAAGCCACUAUUAAAUACAUUAAGUAAGUACAGCAACAUCAGGCAUAGACAUCUUCUGGAAGGCCACGCUAAGCCAGGAUCAACAGGUAUAAUUAAAAAAAAAACUGCUUUAGACCAAGAUGGACAUUUCAUUGGCCGGGUUUGAAAGGGUCCCUUCCUGGUUUAAGUCACUUCUGGUUUCAGUUCAAUCCUUGGUAGACACAAAGCCAACCACAUAACUACCAUUUGCAUUGUGUGUCUCUGGGAGAUUUACAGUGUGGCUAGUUUCUAACAUAGACGCUGAUUGACCCCUUACAUAAGAUCCAAGAUUAGUGCUUAGCAGAAGCCUUUCAGGGGGGGUGCAUGAGUUUUCCACUGUUUAUGUCAGAGCUUGAGGACCACAACAAAAAUGCACUGAGGGCUUGUCCCUGUAAAGAACUAGAUGGGCUGUUGGAACCAUGCUGUGUGGAAAACCACUGCGGGACGUAGUCUUUAUUGCUUGUUAUAAAACAUGUUUGCUCAUUCAAAAUAAAUACAUUUGACAUUUCUAUUAUACUUUUGUAUACAUUAAGUGUCCUGUGUAUUUAAUGCGCUCUUAAUUAUUCAGUA